CACACUCUCACUCCUCAGCCGAGAGCUCUUUCUGCUCUUUUCUUCUCUGUGCUCUUCGUUUUCCUCCCUUUGUGUCUCUUCGCUCUGUUUUUGCAUUUACUUUCUUUGUGCUUGCCUUAGCAAGUCUUCUGGAAGCUUCUUUUCCCUGAAACUCCAAAGGCCGUGGCUUGACCGAAAAGAGGAAAAAAGCAUUAGCUGGAAAGAGAGGAAGCAAAAACUGGUGAGAAAAGAAGCAGAGAAGAGAAAGAGAAGAUCGAGUGAUGGUGGAAGGGAGGGAACACUCCUGUUACCUCACGCGUCACGUGACUCGGACUGCACCAGUCAGAGGGCAGCACCGGAGAGUGGCAGGAUUGUCGCGGGAGCUGUGACCUCAGACGGGAGACUGACAGGCCGUCGCCCCGGCGAUCACCACGACAACAGGCGGCAAGACGCACCUGGACCUCGAAAACGGCCUCCCUCAGACCACUCCAAUAACCACGCUGUUAUUGCACAAACCACCAGUGAGCGAGAGACAGAGAGAGAGAAAAAGAAACAGAGAGAGAGAGAUAGAGGACGAGUCCCAUAGUGAAACAGACUGUGGCUCCUUGAGCUGUAAGGAGAGGGCAGCGGCAGUGCAGGAUUUAGCCCUCCUGGAUGUGACACAUGGCUUCUAACAGCAUCUUUGACUCCUUCACUAGCUACUCCUCCAGUUUACUCAGAGAUCCGGGCACCAGCAGACGCUUCACGCCGCCCUCUGCGUCGUUCUCGUGCGGCGCCCUUAAGCUGGACGGUGGCGGCGGCGGCGGCGCUGGCGCGGCAGGCAUGAGCGGCGCGCUCCCCGUGUCUGUGCGCUCGCGGCCUGAGGGGCGCUCGGUCGUGGACGUGCUGGCGGACCACGCCGGAGAGCUCGUGCGCACCGACAGCCCAAACUUCCUGUGCUCCGUGCUGCCCUCGCACUGGCGCUGCAACAAGACCCUGCCGGUGGCCUUCAAGGUGGUGGCCCUGGGUGAUGUGCCGGACGGUACCCUGGUCACUGUGAUGGCCGGUAAUGAUGAGAAUUACUCCGCAGAGCUGAGAAACGCCUCCGCCGUGAUGAAGAACCAGGUCGCGCGUUUCAAUGACCUGCGCUUCGUGGGCAGAAGCGGGCGAGGCAAGAGUUUCACUCUGACCAUCACUGUGUUUACCGGACCGCCUCAGGUGGCGACGUAUCAUCGCGCCAUCAAAGUCACCGUGGAUGGCCCACGAGAGCCAAGACGUCACAGAGUGAAGAUGGAGGAAAAUCAGAAGUUUUCUGACCGGCUGAGUGAGAUAGAGCGUUACCAGCGUGCCAGUCUGAGGAUGGGCCCUGGCAAUGCCACGGCCCGUCCUACCCACCAGUCUCAUUACAGCUCCUCCGGUGCCACUCAGAUACCAGGACUGUGGUCAGACCAGAUUGAGGCACCUCCUCUCAAAACCUGCAAAGUGGAGGACGACAUUCGCUGGUCAAGCACUGACCUGUUCCCGCAGAGGACCACAUUUCCGUCCCUUUCGCCGCUGACCGCCCCACGUUUCCCUGACCCCCACAUGCACUACCCGAGUCCUUUUACCUACUCAGCCAACCCGUCCGGCACAGGCAUCGGGGGUCUAAGCGUGACAGGCAUGUCGACUUCCACCCGUUACCACACCUACCUGCCUCCGCCGUAUCCUGGCAACCAGAAUCAAAGCUCCCACUUCCAGACCAACUCCUCCCCUUACCAUCUGUAUUAUGGCACCGGCUCAAGCUCCUACCAGUUCUCCAUGGUGCCGGCCAGCGGUGGCACGGGGGGUGAACGCUCGCCCACCCGCAUGCUAACCUCCUGCACGGCAGCGGCAGGGGGUGGAGCUGCUGGUUCAGGGGGCGGAGCCGCUGGCAGCUUGAUGAACGCCAGCCUGGGCAACCAGAGUGACGGGGUGGAGGCAGACGGCAGCCACAGCAACUCGCCCACUGCCAUGAGCACGUCGGGCCGCAUGGACGAGUCCGUGUGGAGGCCUUACUGAGCCUGGACAGGGUGGGUUUUUGUGAGAGGGGGGUAAGGAAGGCAAAAAAUGCUUGAUCCCUUAAGAAAAGCUUGCAUCUAAAACCAAAGUGACACAUGAUCAUACAAAAAUGGCAUUCCUGGCAUAUUCCAGGAUGCUUUGGGGAGGGACAGAGCCGAAAGAGAGACGAGAAGAGGACAGAGCAAAGCUUGUGUGCUUUAAAAAUGAAAAAAAAAAAGAAAAAACAUUGCAUGGUUGGUCCAUUUUGACGCCUCCCUCCUCGUUCCUUUCCUUUUUCUCAUGCAGACCAAAGAGAGACAGUACGAUGUGUUUUAAUGUUGUAUUUCAUGAGGAGUGCCAGUCCUCAACCUGUAAGACUGAACUGUCAAGAGCAAGGUUGGCCUGGAUGAAGAAUGGCAACCCACCGAUAUUUCCUGAAGCUUUCCGAAAUCACAGACUGCAAAUAUUCUCUUGUUUCAACUGUAACUAGAGCAUCUGAACAUGGAGUGGCCAACCAGAAAAGACACUGCUUUACCAUCAGGGCAGGCAGAUUCAGAAUAAUAAGAUCAUUGACCUUCGCUUGCCUUGAUCCACGCCCAGCACGUAACGUAAACCAUGCUGUAUCAGGCCAAUAUGAUCUAUUAAGACUUUUAUUUAUGUCUUUGUUGAUUCAAGCUACAUUUUGCUAUUGCCUUCAAGCUUUAAGUCUCCAAACUGGGCAAUUUGGUGCGGCAUUCAGUAUCGAUACGAUAUCAUUCAGAAUGGAAGCACAAUAAGUUUUGGUACAGAAUGAAAAAAUGAGACAGCUAGUGACAAUUAAAUACCAAAGAACUUGACAUUGUUUUAUUUUGAUUUCCUUUUUUUCACUGCCACAAUCACAAGCAAUUGCCUGGCUUUUCAAACAUGCUGAGAUAUGUGUUCAUUGGAAUGGUUUUUGACAGUAAUUAUUUCGUCACGAUUGCUUUUUUUGCUUGGGAAUUUUUUUUUUUUUGUAAUAUUGUGAUUUCUUCAAGCCAUUAUUUGUGUUAACUAAGUAAUAUAGUCUGGGAUUUCUUUAAUUUAUUUGAGCCAAUUCUAUAUAAAUAUUCUUGUUGUUUCCAGGUCAAAACAUUUAGCGCUUCUUUGUGUCAUUUUUCUA